UUCAAGGUUACAGAAAGCAAAUCCUUAACUUCUACUUCAUUUGUUUGGUAUUAUUGAAGUUUGGGUGCAGACGCAGUACUGACGCCUAAUAUUCCCGUUACCUAAAUAUGAAACAAACAGUCCUUCAGUACUUUUUGUACGAUGGAAUGAACACAGAAGGCCAGUUAUUUAGAAUUAAGAAAAAUGACGUGGUUCAUUUCGUUUUGGACGUAUCUUUGAUUGGUUACAAUGUCCGAUUUUUUAUUAAUUACCCUAAUACUGGAGUUCCAUUUCAACGGUUGCAAUAUCGGGAGCUUCCUUUGAAUAAUCCAACAAUUACUGGCAAUCAGUUGGAUUGUUUUGAUAAUUUUUUCGAACUAAAAAAAAUUAGUGUCUGCGGAUCUUUCCACUUUUACUUUUCGAAGGAUGGGUCUGCUCCUAGCCCUCCAACCAAAACAUGUCUGAAUGAGAGUAUAGCUGGUUCGGGAUACAUUAUCGUUGAUCCUGAUUUCACUGGUAGACAGGUUGUCUUAGGAUCUUCAGCAAAUAGCUUUGGGAAAAGUUGGGAUUUAAGCGGUGUAGUUCUUCAGUCUUAUUUAUCUAAAAACCUUGGAAUAUUUCCUGAAUGGGAAUCGAGACUUCAUACAGCCAGAAAUGGUGGUUAUAAUAUGAUUCACUUUACUCCUCUUCAAGAACUUGGGUAUUCUCGUUCUGCUUAUUCUCUUAGAGAUCAACUCGUAGUCAAUCCUAGCUUUACUCCACCUGGGGCAGCAAAGAAAGUAGACUGGACAGAUAUUGAAUGCUUUAUUAAGCAUUUGGAAAAUAAUUGGGCAGUACUUAGUAUGACUGACUUAGUCUUCAAUCAUACAUCAAAUGAUAGCCCAUGGGUUCACGAACAUCCUGAAUCUGCUUAUAAUGUUGUUAACUCGCCUCAUUUGGUUCCAGCUUAUAUCUUGGAUCACAUUGUGUGGAGUCUAACAAAAAAGGCCAGUACUGGAUCACUUGCAAGUCAAGGUAUACCGCCAAUCCUAAGCAAUCCAGAUAGUGAGCUUCCAGCUAUAGAAAUAUGGCUGACCCAGAAUAUAGAAGCAGCUAAGCUAUAUGAGUUUUUCAUGGCAGAUAUUGAUGUGGUUGUACAAGAAUUCAUUUCUUGGUUGAGAAAAGAUGCUACCAUUUCUUCACCUAUUUCUCAAAAUGACACAAACUUAUUGCUGAUAAUUGACGGGCCCAGAAAAGGAAGGCGAUUUGGGGCUACUGUUGACUUUUCAAUAGCAUAUCAUGAAAUUGUGGGUAAAAAUGACAAUGAACGUCCUCUUUCUCAAAAUGAAGCUGAAGCCGCUGGUGAAAAGUUGAGAACCAGAUUACUAUCUCUAAACUAUGACAAAGUUAAUGAAAUCAACAAUCAUCUAAAAACUGCCGUGGGCAAUGUUUUGGCAAAUGCUCGUUAUCGAUUUUAUGACCCUUAUGGACUUAAGCUUAAGGAAGUUACAUUAGAUACACCAAUUAUGUGGGCGUACUUUUAUCAUCCAGUCCCGGAUGUAGAAACUGUUGAAGAAGCUGAAGCAGUUCUGGAAACCAAAGAUGCCGCAAAAAUUAUGGCUUUUAAUGGAUGGGUGAUGAAUGAUGAUCCUUUGAGAAACUUUGCAGAACCUAGCUCUUUUGUGUACUUACGCCGUGAACUUAUAGUCUGGGGAGACUCAGUAAAGUUGCGUUAUGGCGAUAAGCCAGAAGAUAGUCCAUAUCUUUGGGAUAGAAUGACUAAAUACACGGAGUUGACGGCAAGAAUAUUUCACGCAGUACGAUUGGAUAAUUGUCAUAGUACACCUCUUCAUGUGGCUCAGUACAUGAUUGACAAAGCAAGAGCUAUACGGCCUAAUUUAUAUGUGGUUGCAGAAUUAUUUACUGGAGGCGAAUAUGUUGAUAACAUUUUCAUCAAUAAAUUAGGUCUUAGCUCUUUGAUACGAGAAUCACUAUCAGCCCGUGAUUGUCAUGAUCUAGGUCGACAAGUUCAUCGAUAUGGUGCAAUUCGACCUGCUGGAGCAUUUUUUGAACGAGGAGGUGCACGUCGUUUAUAUCCGACUAUAUCACAUGCUGUCUUUUAUGACCAAACUCAUGACAAUCCAAGCGUAUUGGAAAAGCAUUCUGUUUUCAAUUAUCUACCUUUAUCUGCAGUUGGAUCGUUUGCUUGUUGUGCAAUCGGUAGUACACGUGGUUAUGAUGAAUUAGUGCCACACUAUAUAGAUGUAGUUAAAGAGGAACGUUUCUAUGCACAAUGGCCUAAUCAAGUCAAUUAUGAUAUUGGUAUAAUUAAACCAAAAUCUAUUUUAAAUGAAUUGCAUAGUUGGUUAUCAUCUGAAGGAUUUUCUGAAACAUUUGUAGACCAAAUUACACCAAAUGUAUUAAGUGUGACACGCUUUUGUCCAGAAACUCGUGAAGCUGUUUUAUUAAUAACACAUACAGCUUUUUAUGAUCCUGGACCUAAUCCACACCAUUCAGAUUUUCAUCCUAUUCGGUUGGGUGGUCGGGUGAAUAGAUUAUUAUGUGAAAUGCUCUCGACUUUUAAAGGGGAUUAUCCACCUCAGAAAGAUUUCAAAAAGAAUCCACAGUAUAUAAAUGGUUUAAUGUGUAUGAAUUAUUCAAUUUUACAAAAUGUGCCACCUACUGAAAGUAAAACUUUUCGUGUUGAAAGUUAUCCAGAUGAACAUGGUGUUGUGGUGGAUAGUCUUAUAUUUUAUAAUUUCCCACCUGGAUCAGUCGUAAUUGUUUCAAUUAAAUUAGAUGAUAGUCAACAGCAAGCUAUCGCUGAUUUACAUAACUUCAUGUCACAACAGUUUGACUGUCGUUUGUAUGAACCUCGAACAAGUCAAGCUAUGGGUAAAGGUGAAAAUGCCUAUGUUCCUUUAAGUUUACCAUCUGGAAACAAUUCAUUGCUAAAACCGAAUUCAGUCAGAGUUCUUUUAGGAAAUAUGAAUUUAUUGGAACUAAACAAGUUACUCUUCAGAUGUUCUACUGAAGAAUUGGCAGAUGGAUGUAAUAUUAAUUCGUAUCAAAUACCUGAUUGGGGUUGGCUGGUUUAUUGUGGAUUUCAAAGCAUUUCAAACGUACUACAAGGAAUUCGUGAUCAAAAUGAUUUAGGUCAUCCAAUUUGUUCACACCUUCGUCAAGGUAAUUGGUUAGCUCAUUAUUUAACCGAACGUUUGACAAAAUUACCACGUAAUUCUGACAAACUUAUCACUGAAACGAUAAUUCAAAUGAGUGAUAUUUUAAAAAUUAUGUAUAAACCUCUCUCAAAUAUUCCAAGAUAUCUAGUACCUGCAUACUUUGAAGCACUGACAGUUACAUUAACGGAAUUUAUUAGACUAGAGGUUACAUUACGAUAUUCAACUUGGAUAAGAAGUAGUUCAUCAAUUGCUAAAAAUUUAGCUGUAGCAACUUCUCAAUUUUACGGUUUUAUUGGAAAUAGUCGCCUCCCUGGCCGUGUUGCCCAUUUUAAUAAGAAUACUCCGAAUCCAGAAGUGGAAGCGACAUUUUGCAGUUUAGCUGCAGGUUUACCACAUUUUGCUGAAGGAAUGUGGCGUUCUUGGGGAAGAGAUACAUUUAUUUCUUUACGAGGUUGUCUUCUUUUAACAGGACGUUCCGAAGAUGCUGCUAAUAUUAUUCUCAGUUAUGCUAGUUUAUUAAGACAUGGACUCAUACCGAACCUCAUAGGAGAUGGUUACACUGUUAAACCAAGAUACAACUGUCGUGAUGCUGUUUGGUAUUGGCUAUAUUCUAUUGUUGUUUACGAACAACUUAUUUCAAGUACUAAAGAAGAUGUGUCUCCUAGUAUUCUGGAUUGUCCAGUUUACAGAUGGUUUCCAGAUGAUGAUGCAGUCGGUUGGCCAGAUGAAUAUUUGACUGGUUCAAUGUGCAGUCAACGUAUACAACCCUUGCAUGAAAUAAUGCAAGAAGCUUUGCAACGACAUAUUAUUGGUAUUGACUUUAUCGAAAGGAACGCCGGGCCAACUUUAGAUGAACAUAUGAAACCGGAAGGAUUUAAGGUUCAGGCCAGCAUUGAUUUGAAUACAGGAUUUCCUCGUGGUGGUAACGCGUUUAACUGUGGCACAUGGAUGGAUAAGAUGGGCAGUUCAGCAAAGGCUGGUAAUCAGGGUAUACCUGCUACUCCUCGUGAUGGUUCCGCAGUUGAAUUAGUAGGUUUAGCGUAUGCAGUUGUGUCAUGGUUAGCGGAAUCCCACAAUCGAGGUCGAAAUCACUCUGGCUAUUAUCCUCAUGGCGGUGUUCAACUGACAUCUGGUAAAGAACUUCAAUGGGAGGAAUGGUCGAAUCUACUGAAAAGUUCUUUCGAAUCGCACUUUUGGAUCCCAGAAGGCACAAAAGACCCUAACUUAUUGUAUAAUAAAGGGAUUUAUAGGGAUUCUGUUGGUUCGUCUGGAGGAUACACAGAUAAUCAGCUGCGUCCCAAUUUCCUGAUCACCAUGGUUGUAGCUCCUGAAUUGUUUACACCUGAACGGGCGUGGAAUGCAUUAGAAAUAGCUCAACAGCGAUUAACUGGUCCACUUGGUAUGUGCACUUUGAGUCGAGAUGAUUUAGCUUAUCGAGGAUACUAUGAUAACUCAAAUGAUAGCUGUGAUUUCUCUAUAGCUCGUGGUUUUAAUUAUCAUCAAGGCCCAGAAUGGUUAUGGCCGACUGGAUACUAUCUACGCGCUCGCCUAAAAUUUGCACGUAUGCUAGGCAAGUUGGAUCCUAAAAAAUGGGGUCAUCUUACACUAGAAGUAACCACAGAAUGUCAGAAAACAUUUGCAAGACUAAAUCAGAAAAUAGAGUCAAAUCAAUGGUGUUCUCUUCCGGAACUGACAAAUGCAAAUGGUCAGCUGUGUAAGGAUAGUUGUGAAGCUCAAGCAUGGAGUGUUGGUUGUAUUUUAGAAGCUUUUUAUGAACUCGUUUUCACACAGAAACAAUGAAGUGCAUUAUAUUAUAUAACUAUAUUAACUUUCUUACUGCUCACUGUAACAUUUGUUCAGUAAUCCCUUAUUUACAAAAUGUUGUGCAAUUGUCAUCGUAGCAUGAAUGACAUGUUCUUUAUUUUCCCCUAUAUUUUAAACUUCUACAAGAUAUUAUCCAUAUUAGUUGCUUUUUGUAGUCAUUUAAUAAUUUAGUCAUUACGCAACUUCGAUAAGCAUAUAGAAUAAACAACCCUGUCCUCAAAAA